AUGACACCGGACAACCGUGUCACAAUAUCUACGUAUAUUCAGUACUGUCGCUGGUCAUUCGAGUCUAUGAACAUUAUUGACCGAUAUAUUCAACGGCAACUAGAAGAAGAUUAUAUAGAAUAUGCGACUAGGAUUGAACGUGAAGCUAGUCUAACAGAUAUCAGUGAACAAGGCUUCCUCAAGUGCCCAAUCUGUAAUAAGGAGACUAUUUGUGAUGCCGUGGAUGUGAACAAACCACCAUCUGAACUCAAUAAAACCGGAACUAAUAUCUGUGUUGACUGUGAACAUCUCACGUGCUCAAAAUGUGGGAAAUUUUCAGUGUCACUUACUACAAAGGUCUUGUCAAUAAGCGUCGAUUAG